GGUGAGGGAGGCUGAAGAGAAAUCAGACUCUGUCCCUCUCCACUCUUUCUUAGAGAGAGAGCGGGAGGAGAAAUACCUAUGUGAGUGCCUCUCAGUUAUUCUCUCUCAAGGGCUGGAGUCAGCCACAGGGGGUAAAGGAGGGAGCUGGUGGAGCAGAUCUUUUAAGGAGGAAGACACAUUCUGUUCUCUCAGGUCCUUCUGAGUGUGUCAGAGCAGUGAGAGGAGAGAGAGAGAGAGAGAGAGAGAGAGAGAGAGAGAGAGAGAGAAGAGCCAGAGGGAGAGAGGGGGAGAGGGGAUCUGUUGCAGGCAGGGGAAGGCGUGACCUGAAUGGAGAAUGCCAGCCAAUUCCAGAGACACACAGGGACUUCAGAACAAAGAUAAGGCAUUGCUGACACCACACCGGGGACGAGCUCGCAGACAAGUCGGGCAGAGGGGACCAAGGCCAGGCAACCAGGAGCAUGCAGGGCAGCAAAAUGAGGUGGCUCCUCCUCUGUUAUACGCUGUGCUUCUCCCUCUUGAAGGCUUCGGGCCACACCGUGGAGCUAAAUGAUAUGUUUGGCCAGAUUCAGUCACCUGGCUAUCCUGACUCCUAUCCAAGCGACUCAGAGGUGACUUGGAAUAUCACUGUCCCUGAGGGGUUUCGGAUCAAGCUCUACUUCAUGCACUUCAACUUGGAAUCAUCAUACCUCUGUGAAUAUGACUACGUGAAGGUAGAAACUGAAGACCAGGUGCUGGCAACCUUCUGUGGGAGGGAGACCACAGACACAGAGCAGACCCCCGGCCAGGAAAUGGUCCUCUCCCCUGGCUCCUUCAUGUCCAUCACUUUCCGAUCAGAUUUCUCCAAUGAGGAGCGAUUCACAGGCUUUGAUGCCCACUACAUGGCUGUGGAUGUGGAUGAGUGCAAGGAGAGGGAGGACGAGGAGUUGUCCUGCGAUCACUACUGCCACAACUAUAUCGGUGGCUACUACUGCUCUUGCCGUUUUGGCUACAUCCUCCACACAGACAACAGGACCUGUCGAGUGGAGUGCAGUGACAACCUCUUUACCCAGAGGACCGGCCUGAUCACCAGCCCCGACUACCCCAACCCUUAUCCCAAGAGCUCUGAAUGCUUCUACACCAUUGAGCUGGAGGAGGGCUUCAUGGUCAGCCUGCAGUUUGAGGACAUUUUUGACAUUGAGGACCAUCCUGAGGUGCCGUGCCCCUAUGACUUCAUCAAGAUUAAAGCUGGCUCCAAUGUUUUGGGGCCCUACUGCGGGGAGAAGGCACCAGAACCCAUCAGUACUCAGAGCCACAGUGUCCAGAUCCUGUUCCACAGCGACAACUCAGGCGAGAACCGGGGCUGGAGGCUGUCAUACAGGGCUGCAGGAAACGAGUGCCCAGAGCUACGGCCUCCUGUCCAUGGGAAAAUCGAGCCCUUGCAAGCCACGUAUUCCUUCAAAGACCAAGUGCUCAUCAGCUGUGACACAGGCUACAAAGUGCUGAAGGAUGAUGUGGUGAUGGAUACAUUUCAGAUUGAGUGUCUGAAGGAUGGGACAUGGAGCAGCAAGAUACCCACCUGUAAAAUUGUAGACUGUGGAGCCCCAACAGAGCUGGAGCAUGGGUCGGUUACCUUCUCCACGAAGAACAAUCUCACCAUUUACAAAUCUGAGAUCAGAUUCUCCUGCCAGCAGCCCUACUAUAAGAUGCUUCAUAACAUCACAGGAAUAUAUACCUGUUCUGCCCAAGGGAUCUGGAUCAAUGAAGUGCUGGGAAGAAGCCUGCCUACCUGCCUUCCAGUGUGUGGUUCCCCUAAGAUUCACCGGAAGCAGAUGGCCAGAAUCUUCAAUGGACACCCCGCUGAGAAGGGCACCACUCCCUGGAUUGCCAUGCUGUCACACCCAACUGACGUGCCCUUCUGUGGAGGCACCCUUCUAGGCCUCGACUGGCUCGUGACUGCUGCUCACUGCCUCCACCAGCCAGUGGACUCCGAGGACCCAAGACUGAAGACCCUCCACCUCCUCCGCCCUUCUGACUUCAAAAUCAUCCUGGGCAAGCACUGGAGGCGCCGGUCAGACGCAGACGAACAGCACCUCCCUGUCAAACAGAUCAUCCUCCAUCCCCUGUAUAACCCCAGGACAUUUGAGAAUGAUGUGGCUCUACUGGAGCUGUCAGAGAGCCCAACGCUGAAUAACUUCGUGAUGCCCAUCUGUCUGCCCGAGGAGCCCUCACAGGAAGGAGCCAUGGUCAUCGUCAGCGGCUGGGGGAAGCAGUUCUUGCAAAGGUUCCCAGAAACUCUCAUGGAGAUCGAAAUCCCGCUUGUUGAUCACCGCACCUGCAAGGAGGCCUAUGCACCACUGAAGAGGAAGGUGACGGCGGACAUGAUCUGUGCUGGGGAGAAGGAAGGGGGAAAGGACGCCUGUGCGGGUGACUCUGGAGGCCCCAUGGUGACCCUGGACAGAGAGAGAGGCCAGUGGUACCUGGUGGGCACUGUGUCCUGGGGCGAGGGCUGUGGGCAGAAGGACCGCUAUGGAGUGUAUUCCUCCAUCUACCACAACAAGGGCUGGAUCCAGAGUGUCACCGGGGUGAAGAACUGAGCAAGCCCCUCCGCCCAGCGCCACCUGCUGGUCAGGCGGUGGCAGAGAACGGUCAUCGGGUGAAGCCGCCAUUUCUGCCGUCCCCCACCUCACACCCCACCGUCCAGCGCACCUACUACUGAGCAUUUCUGCAACCUUUUCUCUCUGGAAGGAGGCAGAGUACCGGAGUGGUCAGAACCUCAGGCCAAAUCCAGGCUGUAUUCCCUAGGGUCUUUGUGAUGCUGGGGAGCUGACUUCACUUCUGGAACCAUUUCUUUGUCCCUGAGAGGCAAAUGGCACACCUGACCUACCUCUUAACAGUCUGGUGAGGAUGAAAUGAAGGAGUACACACAUAGCACAUAAGCCUGUGCAUGGCCGAAGCUAUGUGCUCAGUAAGGGUGACGCAGCAGAUGACGAAGUCCUCUGAUAAACUCCCAGGGAUGAUUUGUCUCACCGUGACCAUCUCCGUUAUGUGCCCCCUAAUGUUCUAGGGUAUUUUCCACAUUUAACUCUCCCAACCCCAAUCCUAGUCUUACCUCCAUGAAAAGGUGAGACACAUAAGGCUCUUAGUCCUGUAACAUGGCCCACAGCAAUAUAAUUAUGCACUUUAAGUAGGUACCAAAUUGUAAGGGUGACUGGAGACAGAGACAGUGGAUUGGGAAUCCUACCUGAUGCUAGAACCAGCUCUGUCCCCAGCCUUCCAUGGGGUCCCAGGAAAGUUCUUUCUUCUCAUCCUGAAGGGCCCUCCCAGCUCUUACAAUCCCAGAUCCAAUGAAGCUAUAUUUUCCCUGACAUGAAUUAAAACUAAAGUAACCCUAAGGCUAAUAUUUUAUUAGGUUCAAAAAUGUUUUGAUGCAAACAAAAUGCAGCUUCUUCUCCUGCAGUAUAACCCCCACCCCAUCCACCCCAACCUGGUCCCAAAGGACCCAGUGCAGGCAACGUGCAGCCUAUGGGUCUUUCCCUAUUCUGGAGCAGAAUAUCUUUCCUGAGUCCUAGCACAAGCAGAGUGCCUCUCCCACCCAAGAACAGUUCCUUUCUCAGGGAAAGUCUAGUGACCUCUUCCCCUCCGAAGUUCUAGAAGAUUUCAAGAGAUUAGAAGUCCCAAGUCCUUGCCUUCUUUGCUAUCAGAAUUUCUUUUCUGGCGGGACUUUAGCUUCUGCCCAGCAAUGAAGUUUCUAGGUUGUUCUGAGUGUAUUAUUGAAAGGGAAAGGUGAUAGGAAAUCAGAGUCUGUAGGCAUUAGACUCUCUACCAAACACUUGGAGACAGCAAUUGGUAGCCGGGCCUAAUCCCAGGAGAAAGUCUACCUCUGUGUGUCCCGCUCUUUAGUUCCUACAGGGGAGAUGACAAAGAGGCCCAACUUCAUCAAAUAUUUAUUAAGCAAGCUGGUGCUGUGUUUUAAACACCAAAGAAGAACUGUGAUGCAGAGUUUUGAGAUUACUCACAAGGCAUUCCAAGAUGCUGUAUCUUCCCAUCGUGCACUACCUGGCUUUACUCCCAGUUCUAGGUUAUGCCGAGCGCUGCUACUGGGGCUGCUAUGAUGAGGAGAGUGUGAUUCAUGCCUCCCAGGAGCUCCUAGAAGGAGCUGUGAAAAGUACCUAAGUGAUUAUAGCGCAUGGGGAAGGACCCUGCGAAGUGCUCUGUUUUGAAGAGGCGCGGAGGUAGAAGCAAGGCCAUUCUGGUAUUAUAUGGAGGUGUUGGGGGAAGACAAUACCGGAAAGGUUUCCUGGAAGAGAUAUCCUUGUUCAGGGUGGGCAUUUCCACAGAUGAGACAGAAGCAGGCCUUCCAGAUGGAGACAAAGCAAGAGUAAUUGUCAAUUUAAGCUUCCCUGAGUUAUAUCAGCUCUUCCAAUGAAAUGACAUAUCCAGGGGACAGGUGUUCUGGGAUUAGAACAAACAUCUAAAAGAGCCAUUCUCCUUCAACUCUAGAAUAUUAGUCUCUAAGAAUCUAGAAUACCAAAUGGGACUGGAAGCAGCCUCAGGAUUUCUAUGCAGAUGCUGACUUCUGGCUGGAUCCAGUUUGUCCUACUUUUCCCCACUUGCAGUUUCAUCCAUAGUCUGAGAAAGUAAGUGACUGAACAGGCCAGGCACCCUCGCUUGCCCUUGAUCUCCAAGCAUUUGUUAGAUGGGCGGUUCCUGCUCUGCCCAAGUCUCUCAGAGCUGCACAAGCAGAGGUGUCUCUUGGAUUCCUUGUCUAUUCCCAUGGCCUCCUUGUCAUCUGGUGGUGACAAGCUCGCUACCUCCCAAUGCAGCCCAUUCCAACUUUAAAAUGUGCUACUCUUACUCAGAGUUCACUUCUAUGCAAUCAAAAUUUACCUCCUUAGAGUAUAGUUUGUAUAGCUAAAGCUAUUUCAUACUGUGAAUGCUGUUAUUAGCAAUAAUGAUCGUGCCUGGAUUUCAUUAGCCACAGAAGCUGCUCUUCUUAUGGGAAAUUACACAUUUCUUCUAAUAAACAUCUGCAUUGAGUCAAAGAUCCUUGUUUGGCUUAUAUGUUUUUUCAUGCAACGAUGGUUCUGAUGAGUUGUUUUCAUGUUUCCAAGUUCUGCUCUAUUUGAUUAGGAUCACUGUACCAUGAAAGAAACAGAGAUUAUGAUGGGAUGUUUAUGUUAUGGAUACAAAAGCCUGGCUUAGGUUUUUGGGGUCCAUUCUGUUUAAAGACUCUGUACUAUUAUGCUCUUAAAUCAUCCAAAUAAUCUGUAAUAUCAGUGUUUCCAGCACUCAAAUUGGAUUUCUUGAAUGCCACCCACACUGAGAAUAAAAAAGAUUUCCAGAC